AUGGAGAUCAUCCGAGAGUCUACGUCCUUCGAAACCCUUGACGGCAGAGUCAUGUAUUGCUGCAAGAAUUUUGUCGUGCGACAAGAUGGUAUCCUAUACUACGGGUCGUGGAACGAUCGAUCAUCGAAACCUACCGAUAUCAGUCAGUUCAAUGAUUUGAGGACGAUCACCACCAACGAUCGAGGCCCGAAAAUGCAGGACACAUGGGCUGUGGCAUCCGAGGAAGACUGUUACCUGAAAACGCCAGGCGUCGUCGAUUUCCUCUAUUCAAAGCUGGAGGACGAUAUUCAAUGCGAGCUUAAAGUGUGUGAAGUGCUUCGCAGACAUCCACACCCGAAUAUUGCUACUUAUUACGGCUGUCGUGAGGAGAAUGGUCGGGCUACUGGUCUUUGCUUCAAACGAUACAAGGAAUCCUUGACGGAGAAAGUCAAUCCUGGAUACCUGAACAAGAACAUGUUCCGGGCUAGUGGUCGUGAGCAAGUCGAUGAUUCUCUCAGAGAGAAUUUCCAUGGGAUUUUGGAGGGAAUCAAGCACCUUCAUUCUCUUGGGCUUGUGCAUAAUGAUAUCAAUCCGUUCAAUAUCAUGCUUGAUGAGCAUGGUGUCCCGGUCAUCAUUGAUUUUGGGAGUUGUCGGAAGACAGGGGAAUCAUUGAAUAACAGCAGAGUGGGACAGACAGACGGAUGGCAUGAUUCAAAAAAUAAGCUUGUCUUGGAAAAGAAUGAUUUGGAUGCCUUUGAAGAGUUGAAGACCUGGCUGUUUGGUUCUGUGGAUGAUGAAUAUCUGUUCCACGAGGAGUAUCAAUUUGAGGAAUGCUAG